CACCACUAGCUCAGCGAAUAGCGUUUCAACGGAGAACGUUUAUGUGCUAACUUAUUAUUGGAGAAAUGAUCCGAUUCAUUCUUGUACAGAAUCGUCAGGGCAAAACCCGACUCUCGAAGUGGUAUGUUCCUUUCGAUGAUGACGAGAAGGUGCGUCUCCGUGGAGAGGUCCAUCGCCUCGUAGCUCCCCGUGAUCAGAAGUAUCAAUCGAACUUCGUCGAGUUCCGUAACUACAAGGUCGUCUACCGUCGAUACGCUGGCCUGUUCUUCUGCGUCUGCGUCGACGCGAACGACAACGAGCUGGCUUAUCUCGAGGCUAUCCAUCUUUUCGUUGAAGUGCUUGAUGCAUUUUUCGAGAAUGUCUGCGAACUCGACCUUGUGUUCAAUUUCUACAAAGUAUAUGCUAUUCUUGAUGAGAUAUUCCUCGCUGGAGAGAUUGAAGAAACUAGCAAAGAAGUGGUAUUGUCACGGCUUGACGAGCUGGAGAGAUUGGAAUAAUCUGUAUGCUUAAACAGUUUACUUGUUCCAUUCAUUUCGAUCUACUGAUCAUCCUUGUAGAUGCUUAUGUAUGCCACUCUGGCAAGACUCUGGAUUAUCUACUAUUGAAGUCCGAGGUAUGGUUAUCGCAGCCCUACGAUAAUUAGUCGAUCUGUGUCGUAAGCCGAACGAAGGUUUGCUUCGAUGAGUGCCAGUGUGUUUCCUUAUAGUACGUGGCAUCUGCAAGGCGGUAAUCGGCACUGUUAUUACCAGCUUUAACACUUCCGUUCGAGACAUUAUUUUUAAUACUUGAUAUCUCAUUCGUAUGUCAGGCCGUCAACUAUCUAGGAUUUAUACGUCUUCCUUAUUUGGCUAGCUUCAGCUUUCUCGGUAUAAUAUUCUGUGUUACCCUGUUACUGGCGUUUUUUCUCC